UUUCUGAAUAAUUGGACUGUUUUUUCUCUUUGUAGAGUUACCGGUAAAUUUUCAGUAUUUAAGCCUUUAAGAUGUGCAGCAUAAACAAGAUGGACCGUGAGUCGAUGGUGGACGUAAACCUAAGAAACACGUUCACAGAGGCCGCUAAGAAGGCUACUGGGGACGGUCGAUCCAUGACACAACAGACAGUGGUGGACUGGCUGACUAAGGCAAAGGUUAUUGAUGGACAAAGCAUCACCAAAGAGGAGUUUGCUUCUGCCUUCCAGAAGCUGGGUAAAACUAACAUAGACUUCUCCGAGUUCACCAAACUGUUAGUUGAUUUGGCCUUUAGCAAGAAUUUAGACGUCGGAGUUUUAAAAGAGAAGCUUACAAAGUAGUUGACAAGGGUACAAUCAUAGUUCAGAGUGAGUCAAUUACUGCCAAUUAAAGAUU